GGGAACAAUCCAUGAAGAAUCAAAUAACAAAAUUGGUAGCCAAUGGACUUUACAAAGAAGCCAUUACCUUGUAUUCCCAACUCCAUUACUCUUCUUUAUCUCCCACCAAAUUCACCUUCCCCUGUCUCUUCAAAGCUUGCGCAAAGCUAAGAACUAUACCACAAGGUCAAGUACUUCAUAGCCAUUUGAUAAAACACGGGUUUAACACCGAUGUAUAUGCAGCCACAUCGCUUACUGACAUGUACAUGAAAUUUGGCUUAGUGGAUAGUGCCUUGAAAGUGUUCGAUGAAAUUCCUCAACCAAAUAUUGCUUCGUUAAAUGCAAUCAUUUCUGGGGUUUCUCAAAAUGGGUAUCAUGUUGAUGCUUUUCGGAUGUUUGGGUUGUUUAGUGGUUUACUGAUUAGGCCGGAUUCGGUUACUAUAGCUAGUGUUUUGUCAGGGUGUGUGAAUAUCAAUCAUGGUGUUCAAAUGCAUUGUUGGGGUAUAAAGAUUGGUGUGGAAAUGGAUGUGUAUGUAGUUACGUCGAUUUUGAGUAUGUAUUUGAAUUGUGUUGAUUGUGUUUCUGCGAUGAGGUUGUUUGGAUUGGUUGAGAAUAAGAAUGUGGUGUGCUGGAAUGCGUUUAUUUCGGGGAUGUUGCGAAAUGGGGUGGAGGAAGUGGUUUUGGAUGUGUUUAAGAAGAUGUUACUACACGAAGAACCGAAUGAAGUGACUUUAGUAUCGGUUCUCUCUGCUAUUGCUAAUCUUAAGAAUGUGAAGUUUGGUAGGCAAGUUCAUGGACUUAUUGUGAAAAUUGAGUUACAAUCUCGUACGAAGGUGGGAACUGCACUUGUAGACAUGUAUUCGAAAUGCUGUUGCUGGUUAUGUGCAUACGAAAUCUUCAAAGAGCUGGGUGGCAGCAGGAAUUUGAUAACAUGGAAUUCGAUGAUUGCCGGAAUGAUGUUGAAUGAGCAAACGGAGAAAGCAGUUGAGCUAUUGGUGGAAUUGGAAUUGGAAGGAUUGGAACCAGAUUCAGCAACAUGGAAUUCAAUGAUCACUGGGUUUUUGCUGCUGCGAAAAGAGAAUGAAGCUCUUAAGUUCUUCAGGAAAAUGCUUUCUGCCGGUGUCGUUCCCAGUGUGAAGACUGUUACUAGUCUUCUGAUGGUGUGCUCAUCUCUAUCCUCACUCCGUUUUGGCCAAGAGAUUCACGGAUAUAUUUUUAGAACGGAAAACAUUAUUGAUGAAUUUAUUGUUACCGCAAUCAUUGAUAUGUACAUGAAGUGUGGACAAUUUCCUUUGGCAAGGAAGGUUUUUGAUCAGUUGGAAGUAAAAUAUGAUGAUCCUGCUAUCUGGAAUGUAAUGAUUUCAGGGUAUGGAAGGAACGGGGAAGGUGAAGCUGCUUUUGAGAUGUUCUCUCUGAUGCUAAUGCAGAAAGUACAACCAAAUUCAGCCACUUUGAAUUGCAUGUUGUCUGUGUGCAGCCACAUCGGAAAAUUGGAGAAAGCAUGGCAAGUUUUUAGCUUGAUGAUCACAGAUUUUGGCUUAAUCCCAACUCUAAAGCAGCUUAAUAUUAUGGUUGAUCUACUUGCUCGAUCUGGUCGGCUGGAUGAAGCUAGAGAACUACUACAGCACAUUCCCGAGCCUUCUGCAUCUGUUUUUGCUUCUUUACUAGCAGCUUCUGAGCAAUUCUCUAAUGCCAAGAUGGGAGAAGAAAUGACCAAAAAGCUCUCAGAAUUGGAGCCAGAAAACCCUGUUCCUUUUGUGAUUUUGUCCAACCUUUAUGCUAGACAAGGAAGAUGGGACGAUGCUGAAAGAAUCAGAGAAACAAUUGAUGAAAGAGGACUCGAGAAACUACCAGGAUACAGUACUGUAGGAGUGACAUAA